AUUUUUUUUAAAGAAAGUAAAAUGAAUAUUUGAAGAUGUUAAAACCCCCUCUCCAGUAUUCUAUGUGGGGUGGAGCAGGACCUAGGUUUGGAGAAUCAGGACCCAGGAAUAAAUGGUUUCACAAAGCUGCCCCAGAUCCUACACUCACACGACAGAUUGAACAGACACGCCAAUUUGCCAGUACUCUUAGGAAGAGUGGAGAACAGAGACUUUGGAGCAGCAAAUAUCCAGCCAGGAAACCGAACAGGAUGUAUAGUUCUGCUCCUGAUCUUGCAGCAUUUCCUGGACCAAUCCACAGUACUCCAACUAUACCUGAUAAUAGGGAGGACAGAAUACGCUUAGCUAGAGAUAAACACAGAUUAUCUUAUAGAACAUCAAAACCACCUGAUUCAUUGAUCAAGUUUCAGAAAAGGUCUCGUUCUCUGACGUCAAACUACUCCAGUUAUUCCAGCACAAGUGACGUAACACGUGGCAGAAAUUCAGAUUUUGGCGGCAAUCUUGAAAAUGGCGGACAUUUUGUUACUAGGUGUCAACCAGAAAAUGGAGAUCUCUAUGAUCUGAACCAAGUAAUAAAUGAGACGAGUAGGAUGUUUGAGCCUGAGAAUGUUCCUCGAAGAAAUAGAAGUUUAUUAAGUUUAGCCUCAUAUUCCUCGGGAAGUAUGGAACCGACAUAUGCUAGACAAGCAGCAGAUUCUUUAGUGGUGGCACGACCUAUGAAACUACAGAACAGGGAUCAGAUGAUAAAACAAAAACCAAGAUGCUCUAGAUCCAGAUCCUUCUCCAGGACUAAUACUAGAACUAGGUCUCAGUCUAGAUCUUCUAUCAAUGUUAGAUUAGGAAUACAUACUGUAGACUGAGGGCAUACGCUGAACACAAGUGCCUUUUUUUUAUUGAUUGAAGUGCAUAAGAACUAAACAGUGAAUUUUUAUGUUGGAUAUCCGGCUAGGCCUGGAAUUUAGCGACAGAACUUUAUUUCCAGCGGACAAACUUCAACGAUGAAGGGAGGAAAGUUAUAAAUCGGGUAAUCCAUAAGUCUAAAAUCCGCCAAUAUACUUAUUUCAACAUCUGCAGCUAAAGUUUAGCCAUCAUGGUGAUUGGUGAAGAUCUCCAGCUAAGCUUAUUGAUACAAAGGUCUAAAACAAAAAUUUCGCUAUCCAUUGAUGUUUAAACAAAAUCCAAACAGAGUCCUUACGAACCAAAUUACUAUUUCAUGCAAUGAACAAAUCCUUUAUCUUAUUCUGCAUUCUAAAUAAGUUGACUACAUCUUUCAAACAAAUAAUUUAUUAUUAAUAAAUUUUUUCCA